GAGAUUAGUGGAAGAGAUAACAGUUAAUAUCAAUAAGGAAAUGAAAGUUACAGAAAACAAAUCUUUCAGGUUGGGCCCCACCCCUGGGAGAUAAGAGACAGAACUUGGAUAGAGUUGGAGUCAGUCAGACCUACAGGACUGUCUCUAUGGGGGCCAUUGUGCAUAGAAGGUUUGUCUUUUUGAUUGGAACCACGCUGGUUUCUAUAGCCAUACUGGUCACCAGAAUUUGGAUCACAAGUCAAGAAAUAAGGCAUCAGCCCCGAACUCAACAUUUAGAUCUCACACUUUCUGCCUUCAGGGACUCUGCCAACCUCAGUGAUGGACUAUACACUUACCACUUGAACAUGUCCCAGUUCCAAUCUGAUUUUCCCUAUCUUCAAACCUAUAAAUGCUCAGUCACUCUCACCCCUCAGAAAGAACAAAUGUUAGGAAACCCCAAACCAGUGCUUAUCAUGGCUAUUAAAUCCCACCCAAGGUCUGGCGCAAGAAGAAGUGCAGUGCGACAAACCUGGGCUCGGGAGGUAGAAGUGGAAGGAUACUGGGUGAAACCAAUCUUUCUGAUAGCCCACACAGAGGUAUCUGGGCAAAUGAAGCUGGUUGCCCUGGAAAGUCGUGAGUUUGGUGACAUUCUCCAAUGGGACUUCAAUGAAGGACAUCACAACUUGUCUCUGAAAGAGCGAUGCUUUCUGGAAUGGGUCACAAUUGAGCUCCUACAUGUGGAAUUCAUAUUUAAAGGUGACGAUGAUGAAUAUGUGAACCCAAAGGCCAUUGUGCAUUAUAUUAAAGAGCAUGGCUCCUCCCCAAAUACGCUUCAUGGCAAUCUCCAAUGUCACAGUGCAGUCAUGCGCUCUUCCAAGUAUGCCAUCUCCAAAACAGUGUACCCUCUUCACAAAUACCCCAAUUUCCUAUCUGGAGGAGGCUUCCUCUUCCCUGGAACAUCUGUGAAAUACCUCCACGAGGCUGCUCAGAAGAUCCCAGUUUUUCCAUUGGAUGAUGUGUACUUUGGGUUCUUAGCAUUGGCAGCCAACUUGACAUACAGACAUGACAGGCGGUUCUAUGUAUGGGGGCUGGCAUUUAAUGCUAGCAAGUACCAAGAGGCCCUGGUGGUACAUGGGAUAGGACCAGAGCUUCUCAUUAAAAUAUGGACAAAGGUGCAGAGUGCACAAUGCAAGGAAGGCCAAGGUUGUUGGUAGCUAUAGUAAAUUGAUUGCACCAUUCUCUACUAUGAGCUUCAUCCCCAAUAAUGUUGCUCCUGAUUAGACCUUAAUUCUGUGAAGGCAGGGUGCAGUAUAACCAUAACUUGGUGAAGGGUACAAUAAUUGGGCACCAGUGGUUAUAACUUAACCAAAGAAUAUAUUUUCCGCACAGGGAAGAGAACAUGUAUAGC